CUGCCAUCACUAAUAAACAAUCCGCACGGUUUAAAAACAUUCUAGAAACACGCUUUAAAUGACUGUUUAACAGCUGAAUUAAGGUUGUAUUCAUUCCUGAAAAACUGCUGAAGUACGAACCAAGUAUAGUUUCUCUUAUAAAGUUUCAACUUUGCCUUAAAUCAAGCCGGUAUUUUAUAGCACGUGAAGCACGUGGAUUGUUUGUCCAAACAAUACAACAAUUUCAUCACAAUUUCUUUCUAUAAUGGUGGCGGAUAUAUUCAGUGAAUAUUAUUUAUGCAAUUUCAACGAUGCGGUGGCAGUUGAAGAUCUGCCAGCGGAUGAGGCACUGCGUCAAUUGUGGACCCGCCAAAAACUGUGGACAGUAGAUGAUCUCCGGGGGAUCCUUCAACGCUGGCAGGAGCAAGGCAAGCGAGGCUUGAAAGAUGAUCCCACCUCACAGCUCAAGGAUUUCCUGCUCCUGAUCUUCGCUUUUGUUCAGAACAAUUUCACUGGACCCUUUGACAAACUGGAGGAGUACCAACAAAUCCAUAGUGAAUUGGAACUGGAGAAACUCGACGCACUGGAGAAACUGAAGGCCAGUGGCGAGGAACUGAAUCCGAAUGUAAAAUCUGUAGAGCUAUUACUUAUUGCCAAGGAAAUUCUUCAGGGACUUUUAGAAAGCCAUCCAGAAUCAAAGGUUCUGAUUUGGUGGCGAUUGCGUGUGCUCUGUCUGCAUCAGCAUGUCCUGGAUGACUUGGCGGCCUCCCUAUACGAGCAGUUUAAGUCAGCAGCUGGACAUCUGCAGGCUCACUUCAACCAGUUUGAGAGCAGGGAACUGCAGUCACUGCUGCUACUGGAGUUGGCUAAUGGCUACCUGCAGUUUCAUCGCUCUGAAAUAGCCUCCCAAAUACUGGAUGAACUAUGCAAGCAUCUCCAGGUGGAGCUGAAAGUUGAGGGCUUACUAGGGGUACGCACCAAGUUCCAGCAGAAGGCUCUGCCUCAGCUCUGCCUUAAGGUUGAGCAACUAAACGAGCAGCAGCCUCUGCCUGCAGCCAUCCAUACAAAUGAGGCGACCAAGUUGCCCAAGCUGCUCCUGCUGGAGGAUGACACGCGACUGGAGCGGAUACGCUUUGUGGAGCUGAAGGACAACGAAGUUAUGACGCUUCCCAGUGUGCUCCAAGCUCUGGUGCUGGCCAAGGUAAAACAAUUGAAACGCUCGACGCCCAAGGAUCGCCUUGCGGAUGAGCAAUUGGAGCCGUAUACACAAACGCUGCUCUACCAGGAACACGGACCAUUCCAAGUCCGUCAGUCAUCCCUUCUGCUAAACUGCCUUCAGGAAUCGAACCAAAGAAGGACAGUCGAGCGCAGCUGGAAACAAUGCGAGGAGUGUGUCAAGCUGCUUGACACAUCCGAGGAGGAGUUGUCGCUUCGAUCCCGACUCUCCUAUGGUUUCGCUGCCCACUUGAGUCCCAAGUGGCAAGUACAGCUGCAGCUUGUGGACUUGCUGCGAUCCUUGGGCAUGACCAAGACAGCUCUGGACAUCUGUCUUCGCAUACACGCCUGGCAGCAGGUGAUCGAGUGCUACACGAGUCUGGAACUCCGUCACAAGGCAGCAGAGAUCAUCAGGCAGGAGCUGGAGAAGAAGCCGACGGCAUUGCUGUACUGCCUUCUUGGCGAUGCCAUCGAUGAUCCUUCGUUCUACGAGCAGGCUUGGUUGUAUUCCAAAAAGACAAGUGGAAAAGCUCAAGCCUAUUGGGGCAACCACUUCUACAGGAGUGCAGAUUAUGCCCAGGCAAUGGAUCACUUCGAGAUUUCGUUGGAGAUUAACAACUUGCAGGAAGCGAUUCUUUUGCGCUGUGGCUACUGCGCAAUCCAACUGGAACGCUGGGAGCCGGCUGUUAAAUAUUAUUUGGCUUACACCCACCUGGAACCCAAUGGCUUCGAGUCCUGGAACAAUCUAGCCAAGGCUUUGAUUAAAUUGGGUGACAAACAGCGGGCCCAUCGCGUUCUUGGCGAGGCCCUAAAGUGCAACUACAGUAACUGGAAGGUUUGGGAGAACUACAUGCUGGUGUCCGUGGAUACUUCGCACUGGGACGACGCCAUGCGGGCUUACCAGCGCAUGGCGGAGCUGAAGCAGCACUACCUCGAUCAGGAAGUGCUCACCCGUAUUGUUUACGGAGUUUCCAAGGAGGAUCCCGCCGGCUCAGGUGCUUUGAUCAAGAGACUCAUAAAGCUGCUGGGACAGCAGAGCAUUCAACAUGGUAACGAGCCUCUUGUUUGGGAACUGGCAGCCUUGGUGGCCCAAACACCACUGAAAAAGGCAGAGAAACUGGUAAAAUCUUAUCGCGCAUACACGCCGAAACAUUUGGGCUGGGAAACCAAGUCGGAGCACGCCUUGAAAGCACUGGAUCUUUGCUUAGAGGUCUGCGAUCUCUCAGUGGCGGCCAUCAAAGAGCACAUCCAGGAGGAAAGUGAGGUGAUGAUUACUUCUCAACUAAAUUCAGCCAGGUUGGCGGGCACAUCUUGUCUGAAUGCAUUGAAGAGGGCCAUUAAUGUGGAUGUGCCGGCAGAACAGACGGCAAAAGUGGAUCAGCUGGAAAAGCGCAUCGAGGAUCUGACAAAAAUUGUCCAGGAGCGAAUGAAUGUGUCCCGAUCUUAGUUAUAAACUCUGAAAGAUUUUGUAAUUCCCUUAAAAUAAAAAGAAAGUUUUUUUGAAAGUGUUUAUUACUGA